CAGCAUCCUAUUCCCACACUUACAGCAGGGCUGGGAGGUGCCUCUGCCUGGAAGGACCACAUCUCCUCUACAGUAAAGAUGGAGGGGUUCCCCUAGCACCCAACACAGGGGGGAGAGAAUCAUCAGAGAGGAGCAGCAGCCUCUGGACUAAUGCAGACUCUGCUGACACCCCCAGGACUUUCUUUCCUUCUCCAAUAAACUGCUGCCUCCCUCCUGGGGGGAAACAUCCCACCGGACAAGAUGAUGGAGAUACAGAUUGACGAUGGGGUGGUCUACCAGGAUGAUUACUGCUCUGGGUCGGUUAUGUCAGAGCGGGUAUCAGGUUUGGCUAACAGCAUCUACCGGGAAUUUGAGCGCCUGAUACGAUGCUAUGACGAGGAAGCGGUGAAGGAACUCAUGCCACUGGUGGUCAAUGUUCUGGAAAACCUUGAUGCUGUCCUGACGGAGAACCAGGAGCACGAGGUGGAGUCGGAGCUUCUGAAGGAGGACAAUGAGCAGCUGCUGACACAGUAUGAGAGGGAGAAGGCUUUAAGGAAGCAGGCCGAGGAGAAGUUUAUUGAAUUUGAAGAUGCCCUGGAGCAGGAGAAGAAGGAUCUCCAGUACCAGGUGGAAACCCUUGAAUUUCAGGGACGGCAGACGGAGCUGAAAACCAAAAACUAUGCUGACCAAAUCUCCAGGCUGGAAGAAAGAGAAUCAGAGUUGAAGAAGGAAUAUAAUGCAUUACAUCAGAGGCACACGGAGAUGAUUCAAACGUAUGUUGAACAUAUCGAACGGUCUAAACUGCAGCAAGUAGCAGGAAACAGCCAAUCAGAUGGUGGCGUUACAGGCCGAAGGAAGGAGCGGCCGACCUCUCUCAACGUUUUCCCCUUGGCGGAUGGAAUGGUACGUGGACAGAUGGGUGGCAAGAUCACCCCGAGCUCGGACCACUGGCACCUGAGCGACCUCAGCCAGCUAAAGUCCAGCUUCUGCUACAAGGACGAAAUGUCAGAAUCCGGUCAGUCCUCAGUUGCAGCCACCCCAAGCACCACAGGUACAAAAUCAAAUACCCCUACUUCUUCCGUCCCAUCUGCGGCUGUGACUCCACUACACGAGAGUUUGCAGCCUCUCCAAGAUUAUGGCAUGACGGGAAAAACCAAGAGAUCACGUGAGAAGAGGCACAGCCACAAUAUGGAAGUACAAGUGAACCAGGAGAUGAGGAAUGUCAGCAUAGGCAUGGGCAGCAGUGAUGAGUGGUCGGAUGUCCAAGACAUAAUCGAUUCCACCCCAGAGCUGGACAUGUGUCAGGAUCCACGACUGGAGCGCACAGGAACCAGCCCGACACAGGGGAUUGUAAACAAAGCUUUUGGGAUCAACACCGAUUCUUUAUAUCACGAGUUGUCUACAGCCGGCUCAGAGGUCAUCGGAGAUGUUGACGAAGGGGCGGACCUUCUGGGAGAAUUCUCAGUACGGGAUGAUUUCUUUGGAAUGGGAAAAGAAGUGGGAAAUCUCCUUUUGGAAAACUCGCAGCUUUUAGAGACAAAGAAUGCCCUGAAUGUGGUUAAGAAUGACUUGAUUGCACAAGUGGACCAACUUAGUGGGGAGCAGGAGGUGCUGAAGGGAGAGCUGGAAGCCACCAAACAAGCCAAGGUCAAGAUGGAGACGCGUGUGAAAGAGCUGGAAGAGGAUCUUAAGAGGGUGAAAUCGGAAGUUAUUGUGGCCUUGCAAGAACCCAAAGAGGAAGUGGAAGAGAGCUCCUCGCCGCUGCAGGACAACAUUCCCAUCGCUCAGCGCAGGCGAUUUACCCGCGUUGAGAUGGCGCGGGUUCUAAUGGAAAGGAACCAGUAUAAAGAAAGGCUGAUGGAGUUGCAAGAAGCUGUGCGGUGGACAGAGAUGAUCAGAGCCUCCAGGGAGCAUCCUUCAGUCCAAGAGAAGAAGAAGUCAACCAUCUGGCAGUUAUUGAGAAGUAACACUGUAGCUUCUCUCCUCAGCGACUGCACAUCUACAGCUCGCCGUGAACAGAAGCGCGAGCAGUAUCGCCAAGUACGGGAGCACGUGCGCAAUGAUGAUGGGCGCCUCCAAGCUUGUGGGUGGAGCCUACCCGCAAAAUAUAAGCAGCUUAGUCCAAAUGGAGGACAGGAGGAUAAUCGUAUGAAGAAUGUGCCAGUGCCAGUAUACUGCAGGCCACUGGUAGAGAAAGAUCCCACCAUGAAGCUGUGGUGUGCGGCCGGAGUAGACCUGAAAGGAUGGAAACUAUCUGAAGUGGAUUCUGGGAAUGGAGUCAAGCAGGUGCCUGGGCGAGAUCCUUUAACCUGUGACCGUGAAGUGGAAGGAGAAAGCAAAAGCACCCACACCUCCCCUGAGAAGAAAAAGACAAAAGAACUCCACGAAGCAGAUGCGACUUCCAGUAGAGUGUGGAUCCUUACCAGCACCCUGUCCACCAGCAAGGUGGUGAUCAUCGAUGCCAACCAACCGGGCACCCUGGUGGACCAGUUCACUGUAUGCAAUGCUCAUGUCCUAUGCAUCUCCAGUAUACCAGCUGCCAGUGACAGUGACUAUCCGCCAGGAGAAAUUUUCCUGGAAGGGGACAUAAACCCAGAGGACUCGGGAGACACUGAUGGAGUUCUGGCUGGAAUCACACUGGUAGGAUGUGCCACAAGAUGCAACGUGCCACGGAGCAACUGCUCCUCUCGAGGGGACACUCCUGUCUUGGACAAGGGGCAGGGAGAAGUUUCCACCGUCAGCAAUGGGAAACUCAACCAGCACCAGUCAGCUGAGGAAGCCACCGAAGCCUUGGAGGUACCAGAAACCUCUGCCACCGAAUCAGACCCUGCUCAGGUACGGCCUGGGCCAUUGACAGAACACGUGUUUACUGACCCAGCUCCUGUGACAAAUGGCCGGCUGUGCAGUGAAAAUGGCCAUCUGAAGCCAGAAGUCAACACAGCACCUCAAGAGACUGAAUCAAACCAAGAGGCCUCCACAGGAACCAGCGCAGCCCCCACCAUGUGGUUAGGAACACAAAAUGGCUGGCUCUAUGUUCAUUCUGCCGUUUCUAACUGGAAAAAGUGCCUGCACUCCAUUAAGUUGAAGGAUUCCGUGUUGAGCCUUGUACAUGUUAAAGGGCGAGUCCUUGUUGCACUUGCAGAUGGGACACUGGCCAUUUUCCAUCGGGGAGAAGACAAGCAGUGGGAUCUCAGCAACUACCAUCUGAUGGACCUUGGGCACACACAUCACUCCAUUCGCUGCAUGGCCGUAGUGUAUGAUCGGGUCUGGUGUGGGUAUAAGAACAAAAUACAUGUAAUCCAGCCCAAAACCAUGCAGAUAGAGAAAUCGUUUGAUGCUCACCCUCGCCGGGAGAGUCAGGUACGGCAGCUGGCAUGGAUUGGAGACGGGGUGUGGGUGUCAAUCCGACUGGACUCCACCUUACGGCUGUACCACGCACAUACCCAUCAGCACCUUCAGGAUGUGGAUAUUGAGCCUUACGUGAGCAAGAUGUUAGGGACUGGGAAAUUAGGCUUCUCCUUUGUUCGGAUCACAGCGCUGCUAAUUGCCGGCAAUCGGCUCUGGGUAGGCACAGGCAAUGGAGUGGUCAUCUCUAUCCCGCUGACAGAAACGGUAGUCCUACAUCGGGGGCAGCUGCUGGGGCUGAGGGCCAACAAGACCUCACCCACCUCUGGAGAAGGAACGCGGCCUGGAGGAGUCAUCCACGUGUACAGCGAUGAGAACAGUGACAAGUCCGCAGGCAGUUUUAUCCCAUACUGCUCCAUGGCGCAGGCCCAACUCUGUUUCCAUGGACACCGGGAUGCGGUUAAGUUUUUUGUAUCUGUACCAGGGAACGUGCUGGCUACUCUGAAUGGAAGUGUGCUCGACAGCCCUUCAGAGAACCCUGGGACCCCUUCAGCUGAGACAGAAGAGCAAAAGCUUAAAAAUGUCCUGGUGCUAAGUGGAGGAGAAGGAUACAUUGAUUUCCGAAUUGGGGAUGGGGAAGAUGAUGAGACCGAAGAACACCCUGCUGAUGGAAACGAAACGAAACCAGUACUUUCUAAAGCUGAACGAAGCCACAUAAUUGUUUGGCAGGUCUCAUACCUGCCAGAAUAAGAUCAACCAAUGUUGAAUCAAGCCCCAGAAUGCCAAGACACCCCCUGCAUCCCUUUUAUACUGGAAAAACAAAACUGGAACUUUAAUCUUGCAUCAUUUUACCUCCUUGUCCUGAGUGGGCUCCUUGCAUCCAACCCUAGUUUCCAUAAACUAUUCCUCUCUUCAGCUUCAUUCUUGGUGGAACUUUAAAGAUGCCCAAGCAUUCUCUGUACUCUGCUCUUUUUCUGCUGCAUUAAGCAUCACUAUUUUCAUUUUACAAAAUGUAUCUCAUGCCAGAGAUCGGUACAGUAAUGUUGCCAAAGAGCAAAGGAUUCCACCAGUCCUGGUACAGAAAUGUAUUGAUAGGGUGUAUUGGCCUAAGACAGAAAGCCUGAAGCCUAUCUCAUAUCUUAUGGCACAUGGAUACAGCUGGACCCAAACCUAAAAUCCACUUUCUGAGCAGGCAGCAAUUUCUAGAAGAACAGGUUUCUAGAGUUACAAACAUGGCACUUGGAUGGAAUCAUUUCUUGCCUUGUACAAUUGCUCAGAACUUUUGUGCAAUAAUCUGUUAGUGUAGAUAUAUCUACUGAAAGGCUAAAGGCUGCCAGAAAGAUAGGCACACUCCUAUUAAUAUACAGAGUUUGCACUUUCCCAGCUGACCAAUGCAAUAUGGCCUCCAGCCUCAAAGGAAUUCCAUGGCCUUAGACCGGACUGUGCAUUAUAGACCUUCUUUCUUGCAGCCAAGAUAAUAAAGAGGCAGCCACAUAAUGACAGUAUUGCAAAUUAUUUUUUCUCAAAUUGCUUUUUUCUGUGUACCCAAUCCAAAAAAAGCGCUGCAACUACUUAAACUGUUCAACCCCUUGGUUGGCAAUCGGACCAGCAAUUUUACUAGGAGUAGAAGGUUUCCCUACUGGCAGUUCCCAGAUAUAAUAGAUCCAGCACUAAAUGUGAUAUAUCUUUGCAUGAGCACUCAACCUGCAGGUGCCUGCCUAAUAAAUACAAAGCCUUUGAAAUGGGACGCCCUAUGUAUUAAUAUCAAGCUCCUCUUUAAAAAGAAGCACCUAUGCUUUGGAAUAAUCUGCAAUCGUAAGCUCGUUAUUGUGCUAUAAUAAAGCUACGCCCCUUUGUAAUUUGGGGACUGAAACAUUCUAAUUUAAACUGCUCUUCUCCCUAGAUCAUGCAUGUAAUAAAGGUGCCUGCAAAGCAUUAAUAUGACAGGCACCUCUGGGGGUGCGGGGGAUAACAAGAAAAGCACAUUCUUGUAGAAUAAUGAGUAAUUGGCUCUUACAUUGGGGUGUGAAACCUGCAGAGACUCCUGGGAGACGUUGAGAGGUGUAGUUUGUCAACAUCUGGAGAUUGGUUUCAUCUAACAGUUCUACCCAUGGCAACGACGUAUGUAAAGAUUCCCUGUAUGUGUCACAAGGGGACUGUCCAACAUGUCUCUUUCCAGGCUUGUAAACUCCGCUGUGUGUUGUUUGUCCUUCUGGUCAUGAAGUUGGCAUUAUGUAAAGAAAGCUGUACCAAUAAUUCCCUCUGCUUUUCACUCUCUCUCUCCCCCUUGUGACAUCAAUACUCUGUAAUUGUUAUGUAUCUAAUAAAUGUAUGACAAAUAGA